GAAUGCUUUAAGGGAAGCUGGGCCACUCACAAGUUAUUACACAAGAAAGCAAAAGAUGAAAAAGCUAAGCGUGAAGUUUCCUCGUGGACUCUGGAAGGUGACGUUAACACGAAUCCCUGGUCUGGUUAUCGAUAUACUGGUAAACUCAGGCCACACUAUCCACUGACGCCAACAAGACCUGUGCCAAGUUAUAUUCAGAGACCAGAUUAUGCCGAUCACCCGCUAGGAAUGUCUGAAUCGGAACAGGCUUUAAAAGGAACCUCUCAAAUAAAAAUACUCUCAUCUGAGGAUAUAGAAGGGAUGCGAGUAGUGUGUAGGCUUGCUAGGGAAGUAUUGGAUGUUGCUGCCAUGAUGGUGAAAGCAGGCGUAACUACUGAAGAAAUUGAUCAUGCUGUCCAUUUAGCUUGUAUUGCAAGGAAUUGCUAUCCUUCCCCUCUGAAUUAUUAUAAUUUCCCUAAGUCGUGUUGUACCUCAGUGAAUGAAGUGAUCUGUCAUGGAAUUCCCGACAGGAGGCCGUUGCAGGAGGGAGAUAUUGUUAAUGUGGAUAUUACUGUCUAUCGUAAUGGCUACCAUGGAGAUCUGAACGAGACAUUUUAUGUUGGAGAAGUUGAUGAGGGUGCAAGGAGGCUUGUCCAAACAACUUAUGAGUGCCUAAUGCAAGCCAUCGAUGCAGUAAAGCCUGGUGUUCGGUACAGAGAAUUGGGAAACAUUAUUCAGAAACAUGCUCAAGCAAAUGGAUUUUCAGUGGUUCGAAGCUACUGUGGACAUGGAAUCCAUAAACUUUUCCAUACGGCUCCUAAUGUGCCACAUUAUGCCAAAAAUAAGGCAGUUGGAGUCAUGAAGCCAGGUCAUGUGUUUACAAUUGAACCAAUGAUCUGUGAAGGUGGUUGGCAAGAUGAAACAUGGCCUGAUGGUUGGACUGCGGUAACAAGAGAUGGAAAGCGAUCUGCCCAGUUUGAACACACGCUUCUGGUCACCGAUACAGGCUGUGAGAUCUUGACCCGGCGACUGGAUAGCAUUCGUCCCCAUUUCAUGACACAGUGAUAGUCUAGACUGAGCAGGUGGAUCCGAACAAUUUUUUUUUUUUUUGUCCUUGUCUCUGUACUAUGCAUUUUUUUUUUAAGAGUACAGAAUAGAGAGAUUUCAUCAUUUACUUUGUUCUCAGUGAUUGUAGGUAAGAGGACUAUCUUGAAGAACC